AUGAAGAGAAGAACAUCCAUCAUCACCUAUCUCCACCGUUUCCAUCAAUAUCAUUUUCCCUCUGCCACCGCCGCCGCCUGCUUCUCAACAACUCCCCGCCCUUUUCCCGACUACUCUCCACGAAACCCUUCCGUCACAGACACCGACCUCAUCCGCCACAUCACUACAACCAUCAAACGACGCCGUUUAGAACCCUUCCGCCGUGUUCUUAAACCUUACGAAUCACGCUUCAAACCAAGUCAUUUUAUUUGGGUUCUCAUCAACAUAAAAGACGAUUACCAACUCGUCUUAAACCUCUUCAACUGGGUAAAAUCCCGUUCACAACAACAACUUCACCCCACUUUGGAAUCACUUUGCAUUGUUGUUCAUAUAGCUGUUGCAUCAAACGACAUCGAAACUGCUAAAAGACUUGUUUUUGAGUUCUGGGCUACGCCGCGGUUGGAUGUUUCCAAGUCUUUUGAUGUUUUUUCUGAGAGGUUGAUAUAUACUUAUAAAGAUUGGGGCUCACAUCCUCUUGUUUUUGAUGUGUUCUUUCAAGUGUUGGUAGAAACUGGGUUUGUUUUACAAGCUGAGAAACUUUUCCAUAAGUUGUUAGGAUAUGGUGUUGUUGUGAGUGUAGAUUCUUGUAAUUUGUUUCUGUCUAGAUUGUCUUGCAAUUUUGAGGGGAUUAAGAUUGCAGUUAAGGUGUUUGAAGAAUUUCCUGAAUUGGGUGUUUGUUGGAAUAAUGUUUCGUAUAACAUUGUUCUUCAUUGUCUCUGUCAAUUGGGGAAGGUGAAAGAAGCACAUAACCUGCAUGUACAAAUGGAGCAUAGAGGGAAUUUUCCUGAUGUUGUUAGUUAUGGUGUUGUUAUUAGUGGAUAUUGUAAAAUUGGAGAGCUUGACAAGGUUUUGAAGCUUGUGGAUGAGUUAAAGAGAAAGGGGUUGAAACCUAAUUGUUGCACCCUAAAAUUUGCUCAACCUACUUCACUUGGUUUAUGUUUCAAUUGCAUUAGCAUUUACAUAUAG